UUCCUUCAUUUUUCUUUUUCUUUUUCUUUGUGAGCAAACAGCAAAGUGCAUCUUCGCACGAGAAAAGGGGAAAAAGCAAAGUGAUCCCCAACUUGAAAUUAUCCUACCCGACCCGCUCGCGUCUGCUCAAUUCACCACUUCUAGACAGCGUCGUCUCGUUAUACUCGAUUUUCCCUAACGGCAGUCUUGGAUUAGAGAACAGAGUCGAGAAUAAAGUCGUCUGUUCUCCGCCCUAAGAUACUCAAAUCGAUCUAGGGGUUUCUGAUCUUUUUCUCUGAAAUCAGUGGUGUUCAGGGAUUGAAAAAGUAAGAUGUCCAGAUUCAACGUUGGAGGGAAAGUGGUGGAGCGAGUGGAUUUGUUGAGGAAGAAACAUUGGGCAUGGCGUUUGGACGUAUGGCCGUUCUCUAUUCUAUACGUUGUCUGGCUUACUGCUAUUGUCCCCAGCAUUGACAUUGGAGACGCAGCAAUCGUUCUUGGUGGCCUUGUAGCUCUUCAUAUUCUGACAUGGCUUUUUACUGCAUGGUCUGUCGAUUUCAAAUGCUUCGUUCAGUAUGGUAAGGUUAAUGAUAUUCACCUUGCAGAUGCUUGUAAAAUAACUCCGGCAAAGUUUUCUGGUGCUAAAGAAAUAGUGCCACUGCAUUUUCAUAAGCGGUUGGAAGGUUCAUCCCCAGGGGAAACAGAAGAGAUUUACUUUGACUUCAGGAAGCAGCGUUUCAUCUAUUCAAAAGAGAAAGAGACGUUUUGCAAGCUUCCUUACCCUACCAAGGGAAUGUUUGGCUACUAUCUUAAAAGUACUGGCCACGGCUCUGAGGCUAAAGUUGUAUCUGCUACUGAAAAAUGGGGAAGAAAUGUAUUCGAAUAUCCGCAACCUACAUUCCAGAAAUUAAUGAAAGAGCAUUGCAUGGAGCCCUUUUUCGUAUUUCAGGUCUUCUGUGUAGGACUUUGGUGCUUGGAUGAAUACUGGUAUUACAGUUUGUUCACUCUAUUCAUGCUAUUUAUGUUCGAGUCAACAAUGGCAAAAAGUAGGUUGAAGACCCUAAGUGAGCUAAGGCGUGUUAGAGUAGAUAGCCAGACCCUAAUGGUCCAUCGCUGUGGGAAGUGGGUGAAACUCUCUGGGACUGAUCUUUUGCCUGGAGAUGUUGUCUCCAUUGGGCGCUCCUCUGGUCAGAAUGGAGAAGAUAAGACAGUGCCAGCAGACAUGCUUUUAUUAGCUGGAAGUGCCAUUGUAAAUGAAGCUAUUCUCACAGGCGAGUCCACCCCACAAUGGAAGGUUUCUAUAGUGGGUAGAGGAACUGAAGAGAAGUUAUCAACUAAGCGAGAUAAAAGCCAUGUUUUAUUUGGUGGAACUAAAAUAUUGCAGCAUACUCCAGAUAAGACCUUCCCUCUAAGAACACCUGAUGGUGGCUGCUUGGCUGUUGUUUUACGAACUGGGUUUGAAACAAGUCAGGGUAAACUAAUGAGGACCAUUUUAUUUUCCACAGAGAGGGUUACUGCCAACAGCUGGGAAAGUGGGCUAUUUAUUCUAUUUUUGGUCGUAUUUGCGGUUAUUGCUGCAGGUUAUGUACUUAAAAAGGGACUAGAAGAUCCCACAAGGAGCAAAUACAAGCUUUUCCUAAGUUGUUCACUUAUUAUAACUUCUGUGAUCCCACCCGAGUUGCCCAUGGAAUUAUCAAUAGCGGUUAAUACAUCCCUUAUUGCAUUGGCUCGGCGAGGAAUAUUUUGCACGGAACCCUUUCGCAUUCCAUUUGCUGGAAAAGUGGACAUAUGUUGUUUUGAUAAAACGGGAACUCUCACGUCAGACGACAUGGAGUUCCGUGGGGUUGUUGGGUUGACUGAUGAUAUGGAGUUAGAAUCUGAUAUGACCAAGGUGCCUGCCCGAACUAUGGAAAUUUUGGCUUCUUGUCAUGCGUUGGUGUUUGUGGACAACAAACUGGUUGGUGAUCCUCUUGAGAAAGCUGCACUUAAAGGAAUAGACUGGAGCUACAAGGCUGAUGAGAAGGCCAUGCCAAAAAAGGGAGGAGGUAAUUCUGUGCAGAUUGUUCAGAGACAUCACUUUGCUUCCCAUUUAAAACGAAUGGCUGUUGUUGUCCGCAUACAAGAGGAAUUUUUUGCUUUCGUGAAGGGGGCGCCAGAAACUAUUCAGGAUAGAAUCACCAAUCUACCACGGUCUUAUGUUGAUACUUACAAGAAAUAUACACGUCAAGGGUCUCGGGUUCUGGCCCUUGCAUUCAAGCCCCUUCCUGACAUGACAGUUAGUGAUGCUAGAAGCUUGGAUAGAGAUGUAGUCGAGAGUGGUCUUACUUUUGCUGGUUUUGCGGUAUUUAAUUGCCCUAUGAGAGCAGAUUCAGCCACCAUUUUAUCCGAAUUAAAGAAUUCAUCACAUGACUUGGUGAUGAUCACUGGUGAUCAGGCUUUGACAGCUUGCCAUGUUGCUGGCCAAGUCUAUAUCAUAUCAAAACCAGUAUUAAUUCUUACCCGUUCGAGGUAUACUGAAGGAUAUGAGUGGAUAUCACCAGAUGAGGCAGAGAUAGUCCCUUACAAUGACAAAGAAGUUGGAACUUUAUCAGAAACUCAUGACCUCUGUAUAGGAGGAGACUGCUUUGAGAUGUUGCAAGAAAGUUCUGCUGUACUUCGAGUCAUUCCUCAUGUCAAGGUCUUUGCUAGAGUUGCUCCUGACCAAAAGGAAUUAAUCAUGACCACUUUCAAAAUGGUGGGAAGGAUAACAUUGAUGUGUGGUGAUGGAACCAAUGAUGUUGGUGCUUUGAAGCAGGCACAUGUAGGAGUUGCACUAUUGAAUGCUGUGCCUCCUGCACAAAGUGGAAACUCUUCUGCAGAAGUAUCUAAAGAUGGAGAUGUGAAGUCUGUCAAAUCAAAAAAAUCGAAGCCCACAUCAGAACUGGCAGGAAAAACUAAUAAUCUAAUUGGAGAAGGCUCUUCUCGAGGCAAGGUUGUUCCAAAAUCAGAGUCCAGUAGUCACUCAGUUGGUAACCGCCAUCUUACAGCUGCAGAGAUGCAAAGACAGAAGCUGAAAAAACUAAUGGAUGAGAUGAAUGAGGAUGGUGAUGGUCGCUCAGCUCCCAUUGUUAAGCUUGGGGAUGCUUCAAUGGCUUCUCCUUUUACAGCAAAACAUGCAUCAGUUGCCCCAACCACUGAUAUAAUUCGUCAGGGUCGCAGCACCCUUGUCACUACUCUCCAGAUGUUCAAGAUACUUGGCCUCAACUGCCUUGCUACGGCAUAUGUGUUGAGCGUUAUGUAUUUGGAUGGUGUUAAGCUUGGUGAUAUCCAGGCCACAAUCAGUGGUGUCUUUACAGCUGCAUUCUUCUUAUUCAUCUCACAUGCACGCCCGCUUCCUACCCUUUCAGCUGAACGGCCCCACCCCAAUAUUUUCUGCUUGUAUGUCUUCCUUUCUCUUAUGGGACAGUUUGCAAUGCACUUGUUUUUCUUGAUAUCUUCUGUAAAAGAGGCUGAGAAGUAUAUGCCGGAUGAAUGCAUUGAGCCAGACUCUGAUUUUCAUCCAAAUCUGGUGAACACAGUUUCUUACAUGGUUAGCAUGAUGAUCCAGGUGGCCACAUUUGCUGUGAACUAUAUGGGUCAUCCUUUCAACCAGAGCGUCACAGAAAACAAACCAUUUUUUUAUGCCCUUUUGGCAGCUGUAGGUUUCUUCACAGUUAUCACUUCUGAUCUGUUCAGGGACUUAAAUGACUGGUUAAAAUUGGUGCCAAUGCCAUCAGGAUUAAGGAAUAAGCUGUUGAUUGGGUCCUUUGUCAUGUUCAUAAUCUGCUAUAUGUGGGAGAGAUUGUUGAGAUGGGCUUUCCCAGGUAAGAUUCCAGCUUGGAGAAAACGGCAACAGGUUGCUGAAGCUAAUUUAGAAAAGAAGAAACAUGUAUGAGUGUCAGUCCAAGCUCAGAACCAGUAACGCUUAGAUUCCUCUCAUUAAGAAGGAAGGUAUAGAAAUUUUUGUCAAAUUUAGUUGAUUAUACUCUGGAGAGGGAUGAAUUUUUUGGACCAUUGCUUUGUAAUGCAGUAUACCAUCUGUUACUGAACAAGCGGUUGACACUCAGAUAUUAGAUACUGUAUUUUUACCAUUUUUGCAAGUUAAAAAAACUGCAUUGCUUUCUUUGACCGAGCUUUUUGUGAUUCUGUCAUCAUAAGCAUGGAUCCUGAUUUUCCUAGAACUAUCGUUUAA